AUCAUAUGGGUGAAAUUUAGAUUUUUAAAUUGAUCCAAUUUAUUUUGAUUCGUUUUCUAAUUUAAAUUGUUGACAAUUUAAAAUGUCUUUUGGAUUUCUUUCUAGAUUAACUGUUAAGCCUGUUGUGUCUAAUUUCGUCCGGCGAUGUUCCUCUUUGGAUCAACCUGUUCCUGAUAUGGAAAAUCCUUACAAAAAGAGUAAAACUCAAUGUAUUCUAUGUAAAUAUAAGAUAGAACUUAACUAUAAGAAUCCAAGACUUUUAAGUCAAUUCGUCUCACCUUUAACUGGAAAUAUUUAUGAUAAACAUAUAACUGGUCUUUGUGAAGCUCAACAAGGAAAAUUAGUUGAUAUGAUUCGAAAAUCUCGAUACAAUGGUUUAAUGCCUGUCAUAUUCAGAGAUCCCAAGUUUAAAAAUGACCCGAAACUAUUUGACCCAACAAGACCAAUUCGACCAAAUCCCUAUUAGAGUUCCCAAUCAACUUUAACCCAGAAACCCAAGAAAAUUAAAUUAGAAAAUAACUUUAGAAAACCCAAAAGGUUAAAAAAGUAUCAAUCAACAAAAUUUACCGAAACAAAUACAUGUAUUAUUGUUAAUAAUAUAAUAUAAAAAAUUAGUUGUUAAAACAUCAAGUAAAUUAUAAUAACAAUGAUUGAAUAUGAAAAAAUUAAAAAAUCAAAUUUACAUGUACAUGAUGAAAACAAUUUGACAUAACAUAAUUAAUAGAGACAAUCCAUUGACCAUCAAAACGUAUAAACGACAAAAAUUAAUGAGUAUUACUCCUUAAUUACCAAAUUAAACUCUAUUAAUAAUUUGAUUAAAUGGAUCUAAUAUUCAAUGGAAUUGAUAAAAUGAAAUUGUUGAUCGUUUUCAGAAUAUCUUGUGAAUAAACCUCAAUGAUUAUCAAUUAAUA